AUGAUUUGUUCGUUGAAUAUUACUGAUCAAGAGUGGAGGAUAUUCAUUUGGUUUCUAAUCGAUUUUGAUGAUUCUGAGAAAUUCCCGGUCAUCGGCUCGAUCCUCUUCUGUUUCACGGUCUUCCAGACCGUUUUUCUCACUCUUUCACUUUUUCUGUCGAUUCCCUAUGUGAUCGUCGUGGGGAAAUGUCGAAAGUUCCACAUGAAUCUCACGCGCAUCAUUGUGUUCACAAAAAUUCAUCUGAUUUUUAUGAUUGGAACCAGUUUACUCGGAUUGCUCUAUGUUUUCCGUUUCAUCAAAAAAACUGGAGACUGUGUUGCCGAUUUUCCCUUGGUUCUUUUGGGCUACACUCGCUUCAUCACCACCUGCAUCAACUUCGGGUUUUUUCCGGCAAUUCUUCUCGAGCGAACUUUCUCAAUUCGACACAUGUGGGAUUACGAAAAGAAACGACGCAUCUACAUAGCCAAUACAAUCAACGCGAACACCACGACCAUUGCCAUUGUUUCGGGGAUAUUCCUCACUGUUGGCGUUCCACAACUUUGGCAACUCACCGAU